CAGAGCAGGCGAACCAGCGAAUGGGAAUUGGCCGCGUGAACUGAAAGUGGAAAUCCUACUACCACUGUCACGUGGCCAGUGGCCUCACAUCUUUCCCCUGUGCGCAAAUAAUAAUCCGCACAUUUACGUAGUGUUAAAUACGAUCAGGAAGAAAUCACUUCCUUUGCUCCGAAGUUAAUUGCCAGCCUCGACGUUUUCUUAGCCUCAUCGCCUUCUCCACCCUGAAAACAACACUAUAUAUCCCAAAGACCCUUUCUUUCUUUCCUUUCACUGCGAGCUUGCAUCCUAUUCCUGCUCAAAUCGUUGGAAAUAGUGGAGGUGAAGUUUUUGUGUUUGGGGCCUUGCUUUUACUUUUGCAUCUUUUUGAGUAGCUUAAGCAAAAAUAAGGUUUUGUUGUGUGAAAGAAGAAUUUUGGAGGUGAAGGUCUCAUGAGAAUUGUUAGGGGAAUGCAGAAAUUGAUUCAAGAGGAGAAGAGGGAUUCUAGCUUCUACUCAAACAGCUCAUUCAGCCAAGGGAUUGGUGUGACUGCACCAAAGGCCAGGAAGCGUGACAAAUUGAAAGCCAAGAUUUUCAUGUUCCUCUAAUAAUUUCGGUUUAGAUAAAGUAGUUCUAGACAUACAAAAUGACUCGGAUACUUGUUCAACGGGGUACUAGCGGGUCAUCGUCCUCAUCAUCAUCGAACCAAAACAGACCAUUAACGUCAUUGCCAAGUUCAUCAUCAUCUUCUUCAACUCCAGUUCAGCCGCAAACAAAUAGCAAUGAACCUGGAGCAGAGAUUCAAGAUCAGAUUUCUUUGGAUGAGUCAUCAGUUGAUGGUUUUAUGAACAAGUCAGUGAAAUCUGAGGACUCUUCACCAGAAAAUUUGAACACUAACUUGAUCUCCCAUGAAGUGAAAAUAGUGGAUAAUAAUGAUUUUGUUUCUGAUGAUCUGCUAAAAGGACUUGGUGGACUGAGAGUUGUGGAAGAAGAGGAAAAUGAUGGAAGUUCUUCACGAACAGCAUCUGGUAGUUCAUAUCCUCCUCCUCCUCCUUUGCCGCCCCCAAAACCUGCUUCUAUGAAUAAUUCAAUCUCGAAGAGGUAUCCAAUUGGCAGUUCAAGUUCUUUGCGAAACAGGUCCCGGCCAUCUUCCCCCCGGUCUCACUGUGAAAGUGAAGGUUAUAACAGCGCUGAUGAACAAAGUCCAUCUUUUGGUCCCUCCUAUGAUGAUGCGGAAAGAGAACGCCAAUUUGAAAUUGACCUGAGACAAGUUAAAGGUCUUGAAGUGAAGAAAAUGAUGGAAGAUGGAAACUGCCUCUUUCGAGCAGUUGCUGACCAAGUGUAUGGUGAUUCUGAAGCUUAUGAUUUGGUUAGGCAGAUGUGCAUUGAUUACAUGGAACGUGAAAGAGACCACUUCUCUCAGUUCAUAACAGAAGGUUUCAGUUCAUAUUGCAAGAGGAAGAGAAGAGAUAAGGUUUACGGUAACAAUGUUGAGAUCCAAGCGUUAUGUGAAAUGUACAAUCGGCCAAUCCACAUAUAUUCGUAUAGCACAGAUCCGAUCAACACAUUCCAUGGAAAUUAUAAUACAGACACCCCUCCUAUCCGCUUAAGUUACCAUCACCGUAAUCAUUACAACUCCCUUGUUGAUCCCCGUCGGCUAACAAUCGGUGCGGGACUCGGUUUUAGCUCUUUGCAAGGGAGGAGUGUUGAUAAGGAUCAAAUAAAAGCAGCAAUUAAGGCACAACAAGACCAACAAAUUGAUAAGACCCUUCUAGCUGAGGGAUGCUUUUACUCGGAUCUUGAGCUGACUGAGAAAGAAAUAGAACGUAUGGUGAUGGAAGCUUCCAGGGCAGAAUAUCUUGCCAAACACAAGUUAAAGCAACAACCCGGUCACAGAGAGUCGUCCACCUCUGGUGCUGAACCAUCAUCUUCUGGAGCUAGGUCACCAGGAAGUGAGAACAGGCAGGAAGGAGGGCGGGAGGUGUCAAGGUUGCCAGAAUGUGUUCUCAGUGACAGCAUGCAGAUUAUGCUGUCAAUGGGAUUCGGGCAUUCACAGGUGAUUGAAGCUUACAGCAUCUUUGGAGAAGAUGUGGACUCCAUGGUUUGUUACCUUGUAGAAACCAGCAGUAGCAGUAGCAGUAGCAGAAGACGCAAAGGAAAGGCAACAGAGUAAUUGUGGUUUCUCUUAUAGAUUGUUAUUAAGAAUAUUGUUUUCUCUCAUUUGUCGAACUAUAAACUGCUGCUAGUAGUAUUGUUAAUCCAAUCUACACACUUUGUUGGUG